UUCAACACAAGUGCGUGAAACGUUUCGACGAGUGCGAUCCGCCAUUGUUGAUUGUGGCAUCGCUAAGUUUCAGUAGCCCAAACAGGGGAGUGGUUGUCUCAAAGAGUGUUGUUUCCAUGGAAACGAAAUGCAGAACUAAUCACAGUUAGUUAAGACAGGACCAGAAAUUUACAGCAAUGAACAGCAGUGUUACAGUGCGAACGCGUGUCUAAAGAGGAACUUGUAGACCGGUAGUUCUCAACCGGUGGGAUGUAAUGUUUUGACAAAGGCAUUUAAGAGACGGACGAGGACAUAAAAAGGAUACAAAACCGUAACUGAAGGAGAUGGUUCUGCAGACAGUGUGCAUUCUUCUGCUGUUCUUGGUCCGUUGGACUGCGCCAUUCUCUGUGGACUCGGGUCAUUUCAACAAGAAAACCCCCAAAAGAUGUUCUUACUUCAAAGAACAUGGCAUGAUGGCAGUUGACUGCUAUGGGCUUGACCUUGUGGCAGUGCCUCAAAACCUCAGGACUGACACUGAGCUGCUACAUGCUACCCACAACCGGAUACGAGAGCUACACAGAGACUCCUUCAAGCGCUACAGGUACCUCAAAUACCUCUACUUGGAUGAUAACAUGAUCCUCUACAUAGAGAAUGGGACGUUUGACCCGUUGCAAGAUCUAGAAGCAAUACGUUUGUCAUAUAAUGGAUUAGACAGAGUUCCUCCUGAAAUCCUUCAGCUACCAAAGAUCAGGAAAAUAUUUCUGGACAAUAAUCGAUUGAUUCCUGGAGGUGGCUUUGUAGGUGCCCCAGCCAGUGACACUCUAGAGUCCCUGACCCUAGCCCAUUGUCACUUACAACAACUUCCACGUCUGGAAGGGUACCCUAACCUGGUGGAACUCAAUGUGUCUGGAAAUAACCUGAAUAGGAUAUUACCCCAGCAGCUGGCGCUAAUGUGUCAACUCAAAUUUCUCGACCUGAGUGGAAACCCGAAGCUGUCCGAAGGCUCCAGCAGUGAUGGGUGUGACUGCCAUCUGUUGGCCUCUUGGAUUGCGCAGAGAAAUAUUAUUUUGCAGAAUUCAUACAAGUUAAAGUGCUCUUCAAAUCAUGAUGAUUUUACGCACUGUGGGAACACGAGUGAGGCAAUGGAGAUUCAUGAGGCUUGUAUGUCCGCCAUUGCUCUUAAAGCCGAAGCUGUUCAGGCCCGCAGGAUCUGGCUUAUUGUUAUCAUUUCGGUGGCCACCAUUUGCAUAGUCUCGUUAAUUCUGUUCUUGUUUUAUCAACGCAACAGAAGAAAGAAACAGAAGAAGAAGGUUAGCAACAACAACAAUACUGAUCAGGAGGGUGUUUUGCCACCAGAAGAGCAGGAGAUCUCAUCAGAUGAAAUGCUGAAUGAAACUAAUUCCUGAAUUUAUCUGUAAUUUUGUGAACACAAAACUAGUCACCCACUUAAAGUCUCUGGAAGUUGUUUUAUUGUUGAGUGAGUCAUUUUUAUAAUGACAGGAUACAAUUUUUAAGCUAGAAGUGAAAUGAUUACUACUGUAUGAAUUUCAUCUGUGAAAAAUGUUUGUUAAGGGGGAAAUUUGGAUUCUGUCCGUGAAACGUGCCGUGUAGCAGAAUGUUUGACUAUUGUGUCUGGCUGAGAAUGAAUUCUGGCUGUGAAACUUGGUUGUAAAUGAAGAGUUGGAUGAAUUGUAGUUGUUAAAACAGGGAAAACUGAACUGUGCCAGGAUGGUGAUUGCUGUUAUAUGGUUCUUAUUGAAAGCUGGGUAUCAAAACUGAUUUUUGUUACUAAGAAUUCAGUACCUAGUAAUUUCUAGGUCAGUUCAUUUUUAUAUUGCAAGCUCUUCUCUCCCAAUUUUGUGGUUAUUGUGCAAAAAACCUGAAGAACUCACUUAAAAUUUCACCCACCUCAAUAAAUGUCCUGCUAACCACAAUUGUUAACCUCUUCAUUAAUAUGUAUCAUUCGUACAAGCUGUUGCCAGUUGUAUAAUGGUGGUUAGCUCCACUGACUCCUGAUAUUAGAUGCAGAGAGUGGCCAAUGUGUGCAGACAUUCUGAAGCUCCCAGUCCUGGGAUUUCAGGGUCACUGUUUGCAGGCAUCAAUCCAAAAUGUGUGACUGCAGAUCAGUCUUUAUGUAGCUUACAAAAAUUGCAGUCAUUGCAGCGUCUUCACUAACUUUAAAUCGGUCACUUACAGCCAAGGUAUAAAAAUCUGUGUUACUUUAAUCUAAUGCAAGAAGCGAGUGAACUGGAAAGGCUGGUUAAGCGCUUGAUCUGGGGCUGGGAAUUGUUCUUUCACCACACCCUCCAAACCAAUUUGCAUCCUACGUACUCUCCUCUGCAGUGUGGCUUGAGUGUGAAGCUGAUGUCUCCAUAUAUUGCCAAGGUUAAAGAAUGCAUGGAGCCUUUACCUCCACUCUUCCUACACUGUAUAGUACAGUUCUUAGUCAAAAGGAUAAAUUCUGGAAGGAAGAACAAGUGUAAACUGAAGGGUUGUUUUCUGCAGUUGGUCUCUGAUUAUGUGAGGGUUGCUAAGUUGAUCAUCCCCCCCCAAAUUCAUUUUAGUAGAAUUGGUAGAAGCUGUAGCAGUAAGAAAGAAGAAAAGCAAAGCGGUAUGAUUCAGGUGUAGAGAAAGUUUAUACGAAAAUGAGAUCUUGCUAGUUCUUUCUGUCUGAACACAUGAAAUGAAUGUGUGUCUAAUAAAUUGUAAGAUGAUUUGUUAUUGAAAGGCAUAUUUAUCUUAAGUGCAGUUCCUUUCUGUGGUAAGGUAAGGUAAAGGUGUCCCUGUGCUCAACUAAUUAAGCACUAUACCAUGAAGGCGUAUGGGGAUAUGUAUG